CUUAUCCGCUCCGAGCCAGUCGCGCGAGGAUCCCGUCCCGCUCGCUCGCGCACUCGUCACGCUCCCCCUCCCGUCCAGCCUCGGCAGUCGGCGCCGGACGGUCCACCCCUCCGCCCGUUCGAACCACCUCCCGCCGCGGGCCGGACCCGCCCGUCAACAGAAACCGACGGCGGGCACGAUGGCCUGCCCCGCCGCCACCACGGCUCGCAUCGGGGCGCCGAGGGGGCCGUGCCUGUGGAGGAGCGAGAGGAGCGCCGGCGUCCUCGCCGGCUCCGCGUCGCCGCGCCCGAGCCGCCCGGCGCGGGACACGAGGGCGCGCGCCUCGGAGCUGCAGCAGGCGCCCCGGCCGCCGGCCUCCUCCGCUCCCGUCCCCACACACAAGGUCACCGUCCACGACCGCCAGCGCGGGGUCGUCCACGAGUUCGUCGUGCCCGAGGACCAGUACAUUCUGCACACCGCCGAGGCGCAGGACAUCAGGCUGCCGUUCGCGUGCCGCCAUGGUUGUUGUACAAGCUGUGCAGUCCGGAUAAAAUCAGGACAAAUAAGACAACCUGAAGCACUUGGGAUAUCCGCAGAACUAAAGGAUCAGGGUUAUGCCUUGUUGUGUGUUGGCUUCCCAUCCGGAGAUGUUGAAGUCGAGACUCAAGAUGAAGAUGAGGUGUAUUGGCUCCAAUUCGGGAGAUAUUUUGCACGAGGGCCUGUGGAAAGAGAUGAUUAUGCGCUAGAACUUGCAAUGGGAGACGAGUGACCUGUGCCUAAGAGGACCGUGGUUUUAAGCUCACUUUCUGCAGUUGGUAGCUUAGAGUCACAGGGACUUGCUUGGCAAGAGGAGGAACACACAUGUUCCGUUGUGUCCUAGCAGUUUGGCAUGUGCGAAUGCGCUUCUUGUAGAGAUGCCACUUCUGAUAGAUGACGAACAGUACGAACCGUGUAAAGUUGUAAACUACGCUGCAUUCGAUCUUCAGCGCGGAUAACGAUCGCCGGAGCUAUGAGAUUUGGAAGUGGCAUGCAGUAGGCGAAUAACUUGAACUGCUUGAUUCAAGUGGUGCCGAACUGUUUGCGUUGACGCUUUUUUCUCA